ACAGUGAAAUACAAGUUGAAAAGAAAUUAGAAGCAAUUCGCGAACACUUGAAAAAACCUUAUCGAGGGAUAGUCCGCUUCCGAGGAAAAAGUCCCGAGCAAAUUGCCAAAGAAAGAUACGACAAAAUUUUGGAGGAGGUUAAUUUUGAUUAUGAAAAACUUCAUGCUUGGAUUUACGACGAAAAAAAUAAAGCCAAAAUUGAGAUAGUUAAAUUAGACAGACAAGAUUUUUCGGAAGCAACCGAAGCAAUAUUUAAAUACGUGAAAAGCAACGAUAGAGAAGUAAAAGAGGCCUUAAUUAAUGAAGAAACCGGACAAGUUAUUUAUAACCAGACCUCCUUUUUGAGUAAUGAACCUCAUUUUGGAAAAUAUUAUUCAGAAAUAGCGAAAAAUUAUGGAUUGCCUCGACCGCGAGAGGCGAAAACCAAAAAAAAGAAUACUACCACCCUCAUUUUUCUCCAUGGGACUUACGGGGCAGGCUCCCUAGACCAAUUGGCCGAAAAAUUUCCAGGAUUAAAAGUUAUUCAUCCUCAUUCACCAACUUUGCAAUAUGAUAUGUGGCACGGCUUCCAACCAGCACCAGGCAAACAAUGCCAAGGCUGA